CUCAUAAAGCGACGCUCAACCAGAACUGACCGGCAAGAUACCAACUUACAGACGGACUAACAGCUCACAAUACUCACAGCGAAAACAUGGUGAAAAAGGCUAAAGCUCAAGUCACCUACGCAAAAAUGAAGGGAAUAGUUUCAUAUUUUACUGCUUUAAUGAAGGAUAAGAAGCUUGGAUCCAGCCAUUCGAUCUACCAACAAAUGGAUUUCUUGCGACCUGAGAGUGGUCUGUCUGUGGAUGAUGGAGCAGCAGCUAUAUGUUACAGUGAUCUACCAAGAAAGGAGCCACAGUCUCAGGUAUCUGUGGCUGAUUUCGACUAUUUGAAGGUCAUUGGGACAGGAAGCUUUGGCAAGGUGUUUUUGGCCAAAUACAGGGAGAAUGGUACAUACUAUGCAGUUAAAGUCCUACAGAAAGACAUUAUCUUAUCAAGGAAAGAGGAAAGACAAGUCAUGUGCGAGCACAGAGUGUUGUUAAAGACUCUCAAUCAUCCAUUCCUGGUGAAGCUACACUUCAGUUUUCAGACUAAGGACAGGCUGUACUUAGUGCUGGACUAUGCAUGUGGAGGAGAGCUUUUUUACCAUUUACAGAGGGAGUGGGUGUUUGGAGAACCCAGAGCCAGAUUUUAUGCUGCCCAAGUGGCCAGUGCUUUAGGAUACUUACACUCCCUGAAUAUUGUCUAUAGGGACCUGAAACCAGAAAACAUUUUGCUGGAUUCUACAGGUCAUGUGGUUUUGACCGACUUUGGCCUCUGCAAGGAAGGUGUGGUUGGACGUAGCACCACUAGAACGUUUUGUGGUACACCACAGUACUUGGCACCUGAAGUACUACAGCAGAAGGAGUAUGACAGGACCGUAGACUGGUGGGGUUUGGGGGCUGUUCUCCAUGAAAUGCUCUAUGGCCUGCCCCCGUUCUACAAUGCAGAUCGUCUUGAGAUGCUUAAAAAUAUUAUUUAUCAGCCUUUGGUGCUAAAACCUGGAGUGUCGAACGCAGCCAGAGAUCUCCUGAAGAGACUACUGAACAGGGACAGGACCAAGAGGCUAGGAGCCAAGCGUGACCUGACCGAGCUGCAGUCCCACUCAUUUUUCUCCUCUAUUCAAUGGGAUGAGCUUCUGGCAAAGAAAAUUCCACCCCCUUUCAUUCCUUCACUGUCUGGCCCUGGUGACCUUUCGAACAUUGACCCGAGGUUUACAGAAAUUCCUGUUCCACAGUCACUGGGUGCGUGUGAGGAGUAUGGUGCAACCUUUCCUGGCUUCACCUACAUCAAAGAAAAUAUGACCUCACUGUCAGCGGAGACUCGUGGGCACUAAGAUAUGACGGAUGACUUUUUUCAGACCAAUAGACAUUUUGUCAGGAUGUGAACUUGUUUGUGCAACAUACUUAACAAAUGGAAAAAUGGAACCAAUGACAGUAUGUUUUACACUGAAGCACAGUUGUUAUAUUUAUUCAUGUUAGUUGGACCAAUGCAUUUGCACAUGAUGCAAAAUUUAUAUGAACAGUGACUGUGUUUCCUAACAUUCAUCGUAUUAUUUCUUUUUUUAGCCCUGUUGUAAUAAACAAACACGUUUGUAAUGAAAUACAUGAGAGUUAUCCAGACUGAAACAGAAUACUGUAAUAAAGGACGGGUUUGUAAGAUAAAGUGAGAUUUCAUAAAGUGUUUGAUUGUAAAAGUAAUGUGAUUUUAAAGGUUUAAGGAAAGAAUGUUAAAUCAGAAGGCACUCUUAAUGUGGUUACAAUGUUUGUGUUAAAGCAUUUGUGGAACUGUUGGAAUGUAUAAAAAAAUAAAGGCUUGUUUAUUACUAA